GCGAUUUUCAUAAGUGCAGAUACGAAAAAAAACUCUCGGUUUUGAUACAAAAGUCUUUAAAGGCAAUUGUAGAAACUGCGCAACGCUCUGUUUUAUGGGCAACUGCACGAGAAUUAUAAUCCAUGCGGCAAUUCCUAAACAGGGAAAUCGAACAAUUCAGACUAGAGUCCUCGUCUGUGCUUGUCGUAGUUGUGUAGAAGGAGUUGAUUGUGUUCGCGCCAUCUUGCCAGGUUUAUAUUUCAAGUUCACCCGUCAAAGUAGGAUAAUGUGCUGAUUUUCAGAAGCCAUGAUGGCGGGAGCCCUCGUAUAGAAGCGCCAGAGGUUUCCAUCUCUGUGAAGUAUCUCACUAUAGUUGUGACUUGCACUGAAGACUUUCGUGUCUGCCCGACCUCUCUUGAGGACGCGGCGCAGAAAAUUGAAAUUAUAUAACUACGCUAAAGACGCUGUACGUUAGCCAAAAUGGGGAUGAAGGGAGUGAGUGAUCUGCUGGGCACUUGCAGAAAUUUUAUCUGCGUGGUUACGCCCUGUGCAUCUUUCUAUUAUUUUCUCUUUCGGGUGAGAAGGUCGAAGGGUCGAUUUCUCACCUUUGCGGAGAAAAUCGAGUUCAGUAGCAUCUGAAAAAGAACUGAGUUUUAUUGUACGUUGUGGAUGUCGAUAUAAGGGGAUGAAUUUCUUUAAGGGAGCACGCUUUCUAAGUGGGGAGUGUACGACCCAACAUUGUUGACGGUCAAUAUUAACGCCAACGUUUUGUGGAGCCAUGGAAAGGCGUGAUACAUAUAGAAGCCUCCUGCGGUCACGUAUCACGCGCGAUUGCUGAAAACAUUCGAUAGAACUUAGUGGCAGUCAGGAUACCGAAUAUGAGUACAAUAUGUUUGCGUCUCGCGACAGCGACGUCGAUUUAAUAUCAUAGAUUGUGUUGACACCUUCUAUAAGGUUUGGGAACUAACGCUGUUUGACCUUGUUCUGAGAUCGGACUCCCCCCAUGUAUGAGCUAUGGAUCGAUUAAAAGUCGAAAUUAUAGUGUUAGAGCUCUUGUGUGUCAUGAACCCAGAUCUGCUUGGAAGUAUGGCGUAAACAUAUCGCUGUGACAAGUUCGGUGCAAAACACUGCAUCCCUUGGGCUAGACUUAUGCCGAGACCCUUGAGCUAAGCUUGGAAGCCAGAAGCUGCAACCUCCGAUGUGUAUCUCAGAUGACUCAAAUACUUAUAGCCAGCGCUGGUCUCCGAGAAGUUAGCUUUGGUGUGACAGGAAAGAGCAAUCGUUUGUCACAUCCUCCAGGGCACAUGCCUGUGGAAACAGGUGAUUCAAGUCGCGAGCGAUGUAACGGCCCAGUGAUGUGCCCACUGUGCGGCGCAAUGACGUGCCUUGAGUUUAUGACAAGCAAUCAUGAAUGAAGCAACCCAAAUACAGAUCUGCAAGAGACUAUCCAACUAUUUCGAAGUAGAAAAUGUGAGCAAAGCUCAUUUUUUUGAAAUGCAGUAUUAUCAAUUAUUUGUCCUCUCCGAAGAAGUGUGUAUGGCUUGGUAUGGCAGCAAAAUGCUUGGAUUUAAGAAUGCAUAGCAGCUCGUGACGUCUCUGCUGACUAACGUGAUCUGCAUUGCACCCUGUCAUAAUGCGAAAUGGGGAGAACAAAUCAAUGGCACCGCGACAAAAUUUGCUGGAAACUUGAUUCAGAAAACACUCACAUGAACCGUUUUGCUUGAUUAGAGCUUUGGACAAGCUAUGGACAUCAUUUUGAUGACGAAAUAUGUAGCGAAGUUCUUCAGCUACACUGCAUGUCCACGCAUUGACUUAGUCUAAGAAGCCGAAGUCGGAGCGUUCGCAAUUGAAAAAAAUAAAACAAAUACUAAAGCUUCCUCGCAUAUGACUCGACACCUGACGUAUAGGCGACAAGCCGCCAGUUUCAAUGCGAUAAAGCACAAAAAAAGCUACACAAGCUGUGUGGAGAAACUCAAAAAUGCGAUGGCACGAAAAAUUAUCGAUUUGAACUCUGCAAUCAAGCACAAGGCAUCAUACGCAGUCACAGCUUGUCGUGUGAAGCUGAACCAGAUUUUCGUGUGAGUAUGAUCGAUAAGUGAUCGCUUUAUC